GACAACGAGGACGGCGUCGCGAAGCCUAUCGGGAGGGCUGGCUCUUCUUUAGGCGCACGAAGCCCAGAAGAUGGACGGUGGCAAAGUUGGCCUCAGCAUGUCGACCCGUGCGCAGCCGGGUGAGACUAGCGACAGGCGACGCGAGGCCAACUCCCUGCCGGAAGACGGCGCCGGUCCUUCGAGUCAAGACCGGGUCGCCGCCGACGUUGAAGCCCAGCGCCAGAAGCCAGCCACCGACGACGCAGGAGAGACGUCGAAGGAGCAAGAGCCACCCUCUCGACGUGCACCGAUCGGUUCCAAGCGCCAAUCCAGGGAUGGUCCUCGCGGCUCACCUUCCAGGAGGAAGGUCAGACUCGAAGAACACAUUCCCGAGUCUCAGGUCGUCGACUACGAGGAGCUGGACACGCGCAGGGUGAAGUUGUCCUGCUUCGCCAAGGGCGUCAGGAAGGAGGACAUCGUGCCCGACUACUGCCUAGGCGCCGUCGAAACUAAGCACCUCACCAAGGGCGAUAUUCUGAUCCACGUCUUCGCGGUGUACGACUGCCUCGAAUUGGCCGUCGUGGCUGCUGAAGCGCUGGACGGUGCCAAGAUCAAAGGAUCUCCCAUCAAAGCUACGUACAUGGCCGAGCGUUGGAACGACCCGGGAACGCGCCCGAAGGUGUCGUCCCACACGCUGGACAUAUGGAACGUGCCGAGCGAGUUCCUCAACAAGGAGAAGCUGGCAGCUGUCUUUAAAACCGGCGACGUAAUCAAGGUGUCCUCUACCGGGCCUUGCAAGGUUAGGUUCUCUUCGCCCAGUGAGCUCAUCGGCGCUGUCAAGGACCCCGCUUGCCGCACUCUGGCCGGGCAGAACUUGAAGUUCGCGAUGGCCAUUGACUCCGUGGAAUCAAAAAAUCGUGCCAGAGCCAACGCCAAGCGAAAUGCCAGGGCAGCUAAGCGACUUAAGAAGAGCGCUAAGCCCGGAACCUCGAGGCCCAAGUCAUCUGUUCAGAACAAGAAAGCCCGAAAGAAGUAAAGCACAAGCAUGUGACACCGCGCGGUAGCUUCGAUGCUGCUGAGCUUAAGCACGUUGCUGCAGCAGGUGUUCGUCUUUCUUACAACCGCGCAACCUGACACAAGUACCCGAAGGCGGCUCUGAUCAAGCACUGGGUUGAAAGAUGGUCUGUGGUGGAAACGCUUCCAUAGGCCGAAGCGCAGCGGUCUCACAAAUGAUCACAUAUGGCAAUGGACACCUUCAUGCAGCCGCCCACGCUUUGCUUGAAAAGACCGAGCUUCACGUUACUGCUAAAUAAAUACCUACAAUGAUA